AUGGCAGAAGCUCAAUUAACAAAUCAAUUAACACGUAUCGAUUCAAUGACAAAUGUUGAAUUACGUGCUGAAUUAAAACGACGUGGUUGUCCAACAUCAGGAAAUAAGAAAGAUCUAUUAGCUAAAUUACGUGUUGCUUUACAAAAAGAAUAUGAACAAACAGCUGUACCAAAUUCAUCAAAUAUUGAUUCAACAAAUUUUGAUGGACGAAAUAAUAAUCUUUCUGGUUUACAACAAUCACCUGUUGUACGAUUAGAUGCUAAUAGACCUUCAUUAGAUAAUUCAACAACAUCAUCAAAUACUUAUAUGACACCACAUAGUGGUAGUCCAAUUGUAUAUUCAGAACAUAUACAGAGUGCAGAAGUACCAUUAACAUAUACUAAUUUACAAAUUCAUGAUCAAACUACAGGACAACAAGCACCUGUAUACAAUUUAAAAGUGCAACAAAAUAUUCAUCAAUCUCCAGCACCAAUGAUUCCUGUUCCUCAACAAUUAACAAUUUCACCAUCGGAAAGAUCUCAAAUCUAUGAUCAAUCUCUUUUAUAUAAUCAACAAAAAGAACAAGAACAUACACCAAUGCAUACACGUCAAAAACGAACAAGUGUUGAUAAUCAAAUCGAUACAUCUAUGUCUUCAACUAUACCUUUAGCAAUACCAGAGAAAAGAUCACGAACACGAAGUAAAAAAACAUCUGUUGAUUCUCAACAAAAUGAAAUUCAACAAUCGAUACCAUCCAUGGAAAAUCUUUCAAAUGAAAUCAUCAAUACAACACCACCUAUUGAACCAACGAUUACCGACGAAUCAAUUGUUAUCAAUGCAUCAACAAGUGAUAAUAAUGGUAACAAUAUCGAGGUGAAUCCUAUUGUGAGUAAGAGUAAUGAGGAAGAACAGAAAGAUAGAGAUAAUAUAAGAGAAGAAAGAGAAGAUUCACGUUCGCCAUCUGUAGGCAGUAGUAGUGCCAAAUCUGAGUCUGUUAUUAAAGAAAUUCCGUUGUCCGGUGAAAGACAUCGUUUGAGUCGAUCGAAAUCACCUAAAUCACGUUGGCGUCAUUCACCUUCACCACAACAACAGACUAAUCAAUCAAUAACGAUUGAAGAAGAAGCAAACUCGGUUGUAACACCUACAAAUGAUGACAAUAAUACGACUAAUGAACAGGUUGAAAAGUCAUCAUCUGUGUUAACUCCAGUUACCGAGGAAGAAAAUAAUUUAGCUGGCAAUGAAAACAAACAAGACGAACCAUCUGAAGCGAAAAACCAAGAAACUACGACGAAAAAUGAAUUAUUAUCAACUGAUAAUCAACAACCAGAAAAAGCUGCACCUCAACAACAACUUAAACCUAGUCGAUCUCAAACAUCAUCGUCAUCAUCAUCAGCAUCAUUAAUGAAAGGUCUUAAUCGAUCAACAACAAGUAAUCGAAUGAAUUUAUCAUCAGAUGUUCUCAAAACACUUAUUCCUGAUAUAAGUUUAGCACCUGUAUCUGUCAUUAAUGAUGAACUUGAAGCAUCAAUAAAUGAACAAGAUCAUGGUGAUGAUAUUGAACAUUUAUCUAAUCAACCAGUACUUGAGACAAGUGUUAGUAGUGGUUUUCGUUUAUCUGAUUCGUUGACAAUUGGUGAAUUAGCUGAUCAAAAACAACAACGUAAUCGAACUGUUGUCAUUGAUGUUGCUGUUGAUUCUUCAUCAUUAAACGAUGAUCUUGUUGGAAAUAGUUCGGAUAGUCGAAAAAAAAUUCAAGCACCAGCACCACCUGCUCGUAUUGCAUCAUUUGAAUCAAAAACAUUACUCGAUGGAAAAACUAAUGCUUUGAUGAUGGAUGAACCAGUACGUGUAAAAGAUGCUACAGCAACACUUGAACCACCUAGUCGAAUAUUAUACAUUCGUGGUCUUACUCGUCCAUUUACUCUACCAUUAUUAAAAGAACUUCUUAGUCGUUUUGGUAAAUUAGUUGAUGGCGAAUUUUGGCUUGAUAAAAUAAAAAGUCAAUGUUUUGUCACAUAUAAUACUCUUGAAGAAGCACAAAAUGCGCGUGAAGGUCUUGACGGUUGUCGAUGGCCAUCAACAAAUCCAAAAACAUUAUCUGUUCGUUUUGGUCGACAUGAUGAAUUUGAAUUUAGCAAAACACAUGAUUUACCACCUGAUCAAAUGUCAAUUGAUGCAAUGGAUACUACAAAUAAUCGUCUUGUACAAGAAAAACCAACUUCUGUUAAUAAAAUUUCAACAUCAUCAACACGUCGAUCUGUAAGUCCAAAUGAUGAAUCAAAAGUAAAUAAAAAAGUUCGUCCAACUGGUAAUACCGAUGUAAGAGAAUGGGAUUUACCGAAAUUUCAAGAAGAAAAAGAAAAAUCACCAACAGAGCGUAAAAUUAUUGAAGAAUCAAAAACAAAAUCUAAUGAACCACCACCAAAAGGACUUGAUGAUUAUUUCCGUAAAACAAAAGCCAAACCGGCAAUUUAUUGGUUACCAUUAACUGAAGAACAAAUAAUUGAACGAACUCGUCAACAGCAACAACGUAAUGCUGAACGUGAUGAAGAACAGAGAAAACGACAACUUGAAGAAAAUGCUCGUGCAUCCAAUAACAAUAAAGAUUCAAAACCUCGUACAAAUAAUAAUGAUAAUAGAUCUACAACUCGUACUCAUCGUCGAUCACCGUCACCUAAAGAAAAACGUAGACGAAUUUCAUCAAGUCCAUCACCACGUGCACGAGAUAAUAAACGACAUUAG